GGAAGUACCUUCUCUGCCACAUCCUCUCAUUUGUGAUUAUCUUCCCUUUCGACCCUGUGACAUGUUAUUUUCUUAGAUUUAGUGCCGUCAGACCUUGUACGCUGAUAGACUUCACAAGAGGCUGUAUUCAGAUAAAGCAGGCUAUGUACAACCCUCCAUUUCUUAUAUCGUUGUUUUGACAGUUUGUGGAGUUGACAGUUGCGGAACUCAAUUCAACUGAAGUCAUUCUGCCGAGUCAGUCUCAAGAGUGCCGAAGGUUUUGCUGAAGAGAAGUAAUGGAGGCUGCUGUCUUUGAGUAUCACAAAGAGGAUGACACUGUGGACGUUGAAUCUUUUCAGGGAGAGAAGCAGAAGCUUAUUCAGCCGGGGUCUUUAAAAGACCCCAAAUUUGAAAAGCUAAAGGAGGCGCUGGUUUGUUGGAUCAAUAGCACUUUGAAACCGGAUCACAUAGUGGUUCAGAGUCUGGAGGAGGAUCUGUUCGAUGGACUAGUGCUUCAUCACCUGCUGUCCAGGUUGGCCGGUGUGCACAUGUCUGUAGAGGCUAUGGCACUAACCAGCCCUGCUCAGAUCCGCAAGCUGGGAGUGAUCCUGGAGGAGUUGGACAAGAGACUGGGCCUGCAGGACAGCAGCCAGAUCAAGUGGAACGUCAAACUCAUUCACAACAAAAACCUUCUGGCCACUAUUCAUCUGCUGGUUGCCAUGGUGAGAUCUUUCCAGCCUGAACUGGAUUUGCCACCAAAUGUGAAAGUUGAAGUUAUAGUUUUGGAAGUGAGCAGAGGUGGAAUUAAAUCAGAUGUACAGACGGAGGUCCUGACAGAGAUAAGGGAUGCAGGCUCAGACUCUCUCAACAAGACUGAAAGGGAAGAUCCCGUCGAGCAACUGCUGAAGCUUGAGGAUCACAAGAUCAACACGGUGAAGAAGGCCAUCUUACACUUUGUCAACCAGAAUAUGUCAACCAUGGGUCUGCAGGUGGCUGAUAUGGACAAACAGUUUGCUGACGGUGUGAUUCUGCUGCUGCUGCUCGGACAGCUGGAAGGCUUCUUCAUCCCGCUCUAUGACUUCAACCUGACACCUGUCAAUCACUCUGAGAUGCUCCACAAUGUGACCUUGGCCUUGGACCUCCUUAAUGAUGCAGGCCUUCAAGUGUCCAGCGUUGAUCCACGAGGACGCCAUAACACCACUGACGCCUCAACAUAUUAAGACAAUUACUGUACAGAAAUAACAUAGUGCCUAUUAAGCAAGAGCUAAGAAUGUUAUAGAAAUCAUUUUAAGGCUACUGUGAGUAUAUAUUAUUGCCUGAGGUGACCAAACCAGAGGAUUUCUCAUAAACUGACUUUAUUUUAUACCAUGUUUUUUUUUUUUUUUUUUUUUUUGAGAAAACAAAUGAUGUCCCCCUGCAACACUGGAGCCCAUCCAAAAUGUUGAUGAAAAACAUGAGUCAUAUCUGCCUAACUUGUCACACUGAACAGAUGCAUCUCUCUGUGGAUGAAAAGGAGAGCAGAGCUAACAAAGCAGCAUCACUGUUCUUUAUUCAGCUGCUGUAUUGUAUGUGCGUAUGUUUAUAUCAGUUAUCACAGAGGUGACAGUAUCAUGGGAGUGUUAAACCUAAAGAACCAUGAUACUUAACACUACUGUUGUAAUUAAUCCAAACAGCUCAUCCGAGAUGUGUUCAAGGCAGUCAAAUUUAUCUGUGUAGCACAUUUUAUACACUGUCCAUUACUCAACAUAAAAAUUAUGAGAGACACAAGAUAAAUAAUUACAAAAAGGAUAUAUGGGGUUUCAAGAUGAUCAACAGAACAGUGGUGGAACAGCUUAGUAUUCAUUGACACAUGCAACGUGUGAUGAGUGCAGAGUGGACAAAAGCCGCUAUAAUCCAUAGUUCUAUUUUUAACAAUGGUUAAAAUGACUAUGUAUAAUGUGAAAGGGGGCCGCUUUUGGCAACAAACCCACAGAGGUUUAUCACCCUCAGCUCUACGGAGCAUAGCAUUUUUUUAGUGUCAUUAGCCAUGUUCCCAUCAUUUUAUCAGCAUUUUAAAGCUGCACAGCUGUAUGGAAACAGUAAAAUUCGAUAAUACUUCAUCAAUUGCGCAAAAAAGUUGUAAUGCGUCACUUAAGGUGUUUUUUGCCUUUGGCGAAAAAGAGUUUCUGCUACCCCAAAGUGGCCAAAACAAAAUCAGUUUUUGCAGGUUUAAAGGCUCAUGAGGUAAAAGGGUUGGGCUCUGGGGACAACGGGAUUAAGCUUUAAAAA